AUGUCGUUUGAAAGGGCAGAUACUUUCAGCACUUCGGUGCUUCCUGGCGAGACCGUCAGUGACGACCAGUUCAGUGAGAUCAUCAAGGCAUUCAAGCGGUUCAUCUUGGAGUUCCGCGUGGACAACCAGUUUAUCUACAGAGAUCAGCUCCGUGAGAACAUUUUGGUGAAGCAGUUCCAGUUGACUGUGCACAACGAGCACUUGAUCAGCUACAAUGACGAGCUCAACAAGAAGUUGAUGGACGACCCAACAGAGAUGGUUCCUUUGUUCGAGAGAGCCAUUACGGAGAUUGCCAGACGGAUCAUUUAUAUUUCCAACGAAGAGGCUCCAACCAGUUUCCCGAUUUGCCAGCUGAUUUUGCUCUCGAACGACAACAAGCUCUCCAUCAGAAACCUCGAUGCGGAGCACAUUUCCAAGAUCGUCAAGAUCUCCGGAAUCAUCAUCUCUGCCUCCACGCUGCACUCCAGGGCCACCGAGGUGAGUUUGAUGUGUCGGUCUUGUCGUCACACGAUGAAGAUCCGGGUUCCGUCUUCGUUCGGAUCAGUUCAGACUCCAAAAACGUGUCAGUCGGCCCAACAGCCAAACGGUGAGAGAAAUCAGUGUCCACCAGAUCCGUACAUUAUUGUUCAUGAUAAGUCUACUUUUAUCGACCAGCAGGUGCUCAAAUUGCAGGAAACCACCGACAUGGUGCCAAUUGGAGAGAUGCCGCGGCACAUUCUGCUCAGCGUCGACAGAAGUCUGUGCAACCGCGUGAUUCCCGGAACCAGAUGCGACGUUGUUGGAAUUUACUCGAUCUACCAGGCCAAGGUGAGAAACGGGCCUUCGGCCAACAAUGUGGCUAUCAGAAACCCGUACAUGAACGUGCUGGGGAUCCAGGCCGACAGAGACGCCGAGACGGGCGGUCUAAGCUCGGUUUUCACCGAGGAAGAGGAGGAAGAGUUCCUUGCUCUUGCCAGAUCAGACAACCUGUACGAACGGUUCUCGUCCUCUAUUGCUCCGUCCAUUUACGGUAACACAGACAUCAAGAAGGCCAUCACGUGUCUGCUGAUGGGCGGGUCCAAGAAACUGCUUCCGGACGGCAUGCGACUCAGAGGAGAUAUCAACGUUCUGUUGCUUGGAGACCCGGGAACGGCCAAGUCGCAGCUGCUGAAGUUUGUGGAGAAAGUGUCGCCAAUUUCUCUGUACACCUCGGGUAAAGGUUCCUCUGCCGCUGGUUUGACUGCCUCGGUGCAGAGAGACCCAAACACCAGAGACUUCUACCUGGAAGGAGGAGCGAUGGUGCUUGCUGACGGAGGAGUCGUUUGCAUUGACGAGUUCGACAAGAUGCGCGACGAGGACCGGGUGGCUAUCCACGAGGCCAUGGAACAGCAGACAAUCUCGAUCGCCAAGGCCGGUAUCACGACCGUGCUGAACUCGCGGACGUCUGUGCUUGCGGCUGCCAACCCGAUUUUUGGCCGCUACGACGACAUGAAGUCUCCUGGCGAGAACAUCGAUUUCCAAACGACCAUUCUGUCGCGUUUCGACAUGAUCUUCAUCGUCAAGGACGAACACAACCAGCAGCGGGAUGAGGCUAUCGCGCAUCACGUGAUGAACAUCCACACGAACGGCGGCUCUGCAGAGCAGCAGGUGGAGGGAGAGAUCUCUCUUGACAAGAUGAAGCGGUACAUCCAGUACUGCAAAGUGAAGUGUGCUCCGCGGCUGUCGUACGAGGCAAGCGAGAUGCUGUCGUCGCACUUUGUUGGUAUCAGAAAAGAGGUGAAGAAUAAGGAGUCGCAUUCCACGGAACGGUCUUCGAUCCCAAUCACAGUGAGACAGCUCGAGGCUAUCAUUAGAAUCACCGAGUCGCUCGCCAAGCUGGAAUUGGCCCCGAUCGCUACUGAAAGACACGUCGAGGAGGCCAUCCGACUUUUCAACGCUUCGACAAUGGACGCUGUCAACGAGGGCAGCUCCGACAACGCGCAAAUCACGUCCGAGAUCCACAAGAUCGAGGGCGAGAUCAAACGGAGACUCCCGCUUGGCUGGUCCACGUCGUACGCCACGCUCAGAAGACAGUUCGUGGAGAAAGGAAGCUACUCGCUGGCGGCUUUGGAGAAAGCCCUGAAUAUUCUUGAGCGUAAGGAGACUAUACAGUUGAGACACCAGCGCUCCAACGUGUUUAGAUGUGGUGUGUAG